AUGCUCAACGCAAAGUCCCUCGCUCUCUGGGCAGCAGUCUUCCUCGCCGCUGCCAACGCAGUACCCUGCAAGCCAUGCAAUAAUGGCCCCAGGCCACAGCUUGGGGACCUCACAGGUGCCUUCCCGAUCCCGUUCUCUCCGCCAGUCCCACUCCCUGAUACUGGGUCACUUACUGGCACGGCCACUGGCAUGGCUUCCGACAUGACCGGCGGGACUGUUACCCCCUCGGUCCUAGUCGUCGGUGGAGCGGGACCUCUCGACGCCGCUGGAUCUCUAGGCCCAGUCGUCGGCGGUGAUGCGACCAGGCCACGUGGUCCCUUGGAGAUUUCGGAGGACCAUUUAGAGGAUCUGGCCAAGGUUGCUACUGGAGAAAAAGACCCGCUGGCGACACUGGAGGAGCAUGCCGCCGAUGAUGCUGGGCUCAUUCAAAACGAGCUCGGUGGGGGAACGGCGGCUGUGGGCGCCCAGUAG